GUCACUCGCCGUGUUGCGCUCCGCGUGCCGCGUUCAUCCGCCCCUCCCCUGCACGCACACAAGUCCAUCGCUAAGGGACGCCGGCGUUGCAAACUUAAGGCAGUAACAAUCCCCUCCGGUUCAAGGGAAACUUCGCAGGCGGUGACGGCGCCGAGGCGAAGGGCAACAGAGAACUGCGGGAGUGAGGGACUUUUAUCUUCAUCUCCGGUUAUCAGUUGCUCUUCCAGGCGACGCCCCCGAGGCAGUGCAGGCCUGUCACAGCCUCCGAGGUGCUCCCGGCUGGCCUGAGGGGACCGGCGCCUCCCUCGGGCGGGUCGGCGUCCCAUAUGUGUCGUGCCGCUUUAAGUGUCGUGGUGGUGAUCGGGUCGUAGCGUGUCGGAGCAGCGGUGGUCGUUAGCCAAGGGACUCUGAACGAAAGCACAUUACACCGCUGUGAGGGAGAGAGGGAGCGAAAGGCGCCCGGCAUGUCCCUCUACUAGAAGACACUGGUAUCGACUGCCACCACCACUACCACCACUACUACUAUCACUGCACCACCACUACCACUGCCGCUUCCGCUGCCGCCACAGUCCCGUCCCACCCCCAACCCCUGUCCCGUCACACCCUUCGAGAAAUUUGCUAAGGGGCGCCGGUGCCUGGCGGGCGCCCUAACCAGUCCAGGAUGCUUUCUUCCUGCUGGUUUACCACGCCCUUCACGGGAUGCUUCAGCACCUCCGUCAAAGGCGGUGUUGGCAGCGGUAUGCAGGAGGGAGGCGACGGCGAGCAACGUGUACGCGUCAGUCAGUCUGAGGAGCGCGGUCGCCGCUUCCUACAGCCGGCUCACCGCAGUCGCUCCGAGGGGCCCAUAGGCAGAGAUCUAGAUGAUGAUAGUUUUCUUGUGUCAGAGUACAAGACCCAGUACGCCUGGGUGAGGCGGCCCCCCUCCGCCAGGGGCCCUGAGGCCGCCCCUCUCCUCGAGGUGGAAAAGCCGCCGUCGCAGCCCACGAAGCAUCAGGUGAACAUCAACGGAGUGGCCGGUGGAGCCUCAACGGGAGCUUCAGCAGAAGGUGCCGGAACCGCAGGCGACACACAACCUGCCGAGGAGCAGCUGCCACGCACGCCUCGUAAGUCCAAGUCGAUGGGUCGCAUUCACGGUGGAGAAACGGGGCCGGAGGUAGGAGGAGGGGCCUCUGGUGGCCCUGACUCUUCAGGCGGCACCCAAGAGGGCCAGCACGACCAGGCACCCCAACAACCCCGCACCGACACUGCGGCACCUUCGCAACACUGGCACCGGGGCCACCGUCGCACACCUUCUGACGGAGUAGCAUGGCGACACUCCAAAGGGCUGGAGGCUGACAGGAUUAUUGGGGGCGAGACCAUGUUUGGCGAAGAUGACAAGCUUUCAAAGAGGGCAUACAAGUCUGAAUACCGCAAGAAAUUCCGUCCAUUCUCACAGUACCAGUACGUGGACGGCAAGUUUCUUAAGGUGAAGGGUGAGGAAGCCACUGCUGGGGCUACUGAGUCACCCAAUAACUGGUACAAGGAAGUCAUUGAGCUACGUAAACAAGCUGGACAAUAUCGGGCGAGGCACGAUAUUGGUGACGUGUGGCGGACUGUUCAGCAUCGUGGCUGGGGAGUUGAAACUGCCUCUGAACGUCUAGCAGAAAUCUACAGCAAGCAAGCAGAACUGUGGGAACAAGUUUCUCGUCGAUCAUCCCUCCAAGCCCUUUCACUGGCUUCGGCAUCACCCAGCCGGCCAAUAAGCAAGGCUGAGAAGGAGAUAGAGAAUUCCCGGAGGUCUUCUCCUAUCAAACAUGUCAGCAAACCUCGUGAGCGCCCCAGCACUGCCCCUCCCAAGCCCAAGCCAGCAGCUGUGCAUGCACAGAAGGCCACUGACAAGACAGAUGGGAAGACCUCCAAGGAGUCCACACCACGCCACCACUAUGAGCGCACCACCGGCACCACAGAGGAUGGUCUUUUGAUCACUUCGCCUUCACGAGACAAGCUUGAACCAUUCAUUCCUGAUGAUUGGUCGACUCGCCGUUCAUCGCGAAGAACCCCUCCAAUUACAAGCCCAGUCAAAGAUGGCCCCAGCAGACGAAAGUCAUACCGAGCCUCGUCUGCAGCAAGACCUCCCCCCACCAAGGACUGUAGGUCCUCUGUAGGAGGCCGUUCUGUGAGCGUUGGUCCUGAGAACCGUUCCCCAAAGCGAACGUCCCGCCCACCUUCCACCCACACCACCACCCCAGCUGCCAAGCCUGAGCGCCGCCCACGACCCACGUCCCUCUCCACUAGUGCUCGCCGCAAGGGUACAGACGCUUUGCCCCAUCGCCCCUCCUCCCAUGAUGAGGGUAAAGAGCCUAAGAAAUCCUCUAAAGCUAAGCCUCAUGACCCCACUGCUUCGCCUAAGAAGGGUGAGGACAGGAGCAAAGUGGAGAAAAAACAUAUUAGUGAAGAAAUAGAUACGAAGAAGGACAAAGAAAAGGAUAUUAUUCCAAAAGAUGGGCCCAAGGAUGCUGCUAUAAAAGAUACUUCCAAGGAGCCUGUAGAGGCUGUGAAGGAGGCAGCAGGAAGAAGGUCAACCCCAGAGCCCAGGUUUGACCCUGAGAAAUAUGAGCCUGUGGUCAAGACUCCUCCUGAGCCUACCAGAGUCAAGUCACCUGACCAGGUUGGUAAAUGGAUGAUGGUGAAGAGCCCAGACCCAGUCAACUGGACUGUGCCCCUGGACACCGGCAAGACCUUCACUGUGACGCACAACAUCCCAGAAGCUACUCACUGUUUGAGAAUACCCCGAGGUGAAUCAGCCCGUGGGACCCCCUCAUCAGAGCAUCGCCAUGUUCUGGAAUCUCGUACCAGACAAACACCUGAACCCACAAAGAUUAGCCAAGGAUCUCUUGUUGGCACACCUGUAUCAACUAUUUCCUCAGAACCCAAGCCACAUUCUCAGGAGCAACCCAAGCCUACUACUGCCACAACUGUAGAGUCUAAGUUUGAUGAUAAACCAGUUGAUAAGAAAUCUUCCAUUACUGCAGAGGUUAAGUUCCAAGAAUCUAAACCUGAAACCAAGAUUCCUGAAUCUAAAUCAUUAGAUGUCGAUGCAAAAAGUACCGAAUCUAAAGCUCAGGAAACCAAGACAGAGAAAACAUUAUCAGAAGUUAAGGAUACUACCAAACUGACAGAGUCAAAACCGCUGGACACAAAACCUGCUGAGUCCAAACUACCAGAAGUAAAACCUCUUGAAUCCAAGGAACCAGAAGUGAAACCUCUUGAACCCAAGGCUUCAGUGACAAAACCAAGUGAUUCAGUUUUGUCUGAGUCUAAGCCUGCUUUAUCAUCAGACUACAAGACAGCUGACGUGAUACCUACAGAACCUAAAAAAAUAGAAUCUGUUCUUGAUUCCAAGCCAUUUUCUUCUCUACCUUCACAGCAACAGCAGCAGAAAGCUCCUUCCAGCACACCUGCACCCACUCAGGCUUCUCCUAUGGACUCUAUUCCUCCAUCAGGUGCGGUUGAUUCAAUGACAAUGUCCAUGUUUGGUUCCCUCAAUGGUAUGAAUGGCAAGAGUUCAGGGACUCCAUCUCCUACCAAGCCUGAAGUGCCCCUUCCUUCCGAGCCUGCAAAGGAUGGAAAAGCUGAAUCAAAGCCAGUUGGUGUUCGUAAUGUUCCAGGCACCAACUUAAGAUGCUUAGAUGAUCCUUCCUUUAUGUUUGAUCAACCUUCUGCACCAACCACUAAUUCACCUAAAUCUGGAGCAUACAAAGUUCUAGAAGCUCCCCUAGAACCAGCACAACCCAAGAGUGGAGGUUAUCGUGUGUUAGAAGCUCCAGGAGCACCGUCAGAUAUCAAGGAUCUUCCGGACCAGUCUCCUACCAAGCCAGAGGCCCCAAUCAAGCCUUCACCAUACAGGGUCCUCGAGGCACCCAUUGAUCCUCCAACUAAGCCCAAAGGUUCCCCAUAUCGUGUCCUAGAGGCUCCAGAUGCCCCUUAUUACCCACAAACUCAGAGUGUCGGUGCAGCCCAAGAGUCAAAGCCUCCAUCCCUAGUCUCUCCCUCUUCUGGUAGGACAGUAACAGAUGCACUUGACAAAGCUCGCACUCGUUUUGAUUCAUUCUGGGGAGGACCCAAAGAUAAAGAUCCUCCCAGCAAAGUCUAGGUGCCCAAAUUUGCUAGCCAUAUUUUAAUUACAACUGAUAUAUUUAUGAAGAUGAGAUUGUUAUCCUAAUUCACAUGUGAUUAUAUAUAUAUAUAUAUAUAUAUAUAUAUAUAUAUAUAUAUAUAUAUAUAUAUAUAUAUAUAUAUAUAUAUAUAUAUAUAUAUAUAUAUAUAUAUAUAUAUGAUUGACUAUGGUUACCAACACAGGGAUACAUCUUCAUGAGUAUUAUCAUAGAGAUGAGCUGUUAGAUUAUAACUGAAUGCAGAUUUUAAUGAAUAUAGGGGUUGUUACUUCCAACGUUAGUGGUCUUGCUUUGAAUGUAGGACCAUAAAUAACAGCGCAUCUAAAGUAAAUGGUAUUAGAAAACCCACAGGCCAUCAGUUCAGCCAGACAUUUAAUCGCAGUACUCAUACUAUUUUUCUUAGUUAAUCUAGAUGCUGUUCAACUCUCUCUGGACUUUAUUUACUCCAGCUACGCAGUAUAGUAUAUCCUGUGAGGUUUUCUUAUACAAGGCACUUGCUAUAGGCUAAGAAUGUGAUUGUUUAUAUUAUCAUAUAUAAGAUUUAGUUUCUGUAUGUUUAGCAUUCAACCAAAAGAAAGUGAGAAUGAAAGGCAAAACUGCCAAGAUUUUUUCGUAUAUAUAAUGCCAAGUGAGAUCAGAAAUUCCUGUUGCUCAUGGUCAUUGUUGAAAGCUUUUGAAAAUAAAAAUAAUAAUUACUUUAAUUACUUGUAUAAAUAUUAGGGCAUGAAAGGAGAGAAGAAAUUUUUACUACUUAAGAUUAAUAAUCUUAUGAAAUAUUCAUAAUCCACAACUCCAUUACUAAAACAAAUGGAAAUGUAAAAUUUGUACAGCUUCUCUGAUUACUCUAUUGGAAAAAGAAAAUAAUUGGAGAAUCUGAGAAAAGUAUAGCUGACCAUUGUAUACUUCUAAAGUUAAAGUAUAUAUUUUCACUUGUCUUGGUACUGGUCCUUAAACAAUGCAAAAAUAUUUGUCCUUAAACAAUGCAAAAAUAUUUAUCAUAUGACCUUUACAGGAGGAAUGCUUCAAACACUUAUAAUGCAAAGAAAAAAAAAUUAUGUACAUAUUAUAUGAGAUUAAUGUGACUGUAGACUUUAAAAGAUUUAGUUGCAUAUUGGAGUCUAUCAUAAUCAAUAGAGCCUUAUAGUUUCAUUAAAUGCCUGAGAAAUGAGGAAGAACUGAGAAACUUUAGGUGAACCAUGAGAUAGAUAUUUAUUCCUCCACUUGGGCAACAGUUUGAGAGAAAUAAUACAUCUGAUUGACAUGUGAAGAAAUACUGAAGAUGUGUAGAGUGUUUAUACUCACUUGUUAAUUUGUAAUGGUAUUUGUUACCUGAGCUGUUCAAUGAAGGAAAUUUGUAAUUAUACAAUUUUAUCUGAAAAAUAUAAAUGGCUGUAAUGAGAAUGCCCCUAUAAUAACCUCUCUUAAUAUAAUGCAAUGAUGGUUUUAUUGAAAAUGGUGACUGUAAAGAAUGUUUGUUAGAUUUUUAAAGAAAGUUGCAAAACUGCAGUGUACCAAAUUAAGUGAAAAGGGAACCACCCAUACAUGUCUUAAACCUUACUGGUGAAUUUUAGGGCUACAUGCAAAAACAUUGUUUUGACCUAAAUGUGUUGUCUCACAUACUCAGUGUCACAAGUAUGAACAUUAAAGAUGGAAAUAAUUAUUCUGAAAGGAAAUGAUACACACAAAGUUUAUUGUUAUAUUCAAAAUUACAUUAAAUAAAUGUAGGCAGAACAAUAUGAGAGCUUCAAGCUCAAAUCCUGUGCACUACAAAUGUGUAAAUCCAUCAGGUUAAGAACACACACACACACACACACACAGAUUUUUUAUUUAUUUAUUUUAUUUUUUUCCCCACUAAAGAACAUACUGUUACUGUCCUCUUUGAGAAAGAGGAUGGGACAUGUAAAAGGUCACAGCCUUACCCACACAUUGAAAUUACAUGAGCACUAAGCUACCUCUAGGAGGGUAAAGCUAUCAAUUACAAGUCCAAUAUGUGAUCCUUUAAACCAUGGUGAAUAAUACACACACACACACACACACACACACACACACACACACACACAGGAUCCCAUGAGCAGGGCUCACUUCCUGUAUACCAUAAUUAGGUACAUACACAAAUAUACACAUGCACACACACCUUCCUCCUAUGUGUCAUAUAGAAAGAAUAACCAUUCUUUCAUUUCUCUUCUGGAGUUUGGGUAUAGAAUUAUAGAAUUAAGAAUUUUUGUACCAUCAUCGGGAACUUGGGUCAAACUUGGCAUUUCCAUCUCAGCCUUAAUUCUAAUGCCUAUAAGCAUAUCCUGAUUCAUUAGGAAUCUUGGAGGUAGCAAGUCCUUUGAUCUCAUUCAUGAGGCAUCCUAUAAGGAAAUCACAAUGGUGCGAUAUUUGAAUAAGUUAUGAAAUCCUAGCUCUUCAGUUCAUCUAUUCUGCUGUUGUGUAGUAUGUAUCAAAAUUUAUAAACCAGUAACUUUUUUUUUUUACUAAGAGUUAUACCAAAGAAUAUUACAAAGUAUUCAGUGUUAAUGAAGUACGAAAAUAACUGAGUUGUUCUCACUAUGAAAACUGCCAGUGAUGUAAGCAUAUUAUUUUGAAUGGUGAAGCUGUUUAUAUUGUUAUAAUUAGUAUAGUGUUGGCUAUACCCACUGUACUGGGCUGACCCAGUCUCUGGUGAAGUUCACCAUCACUAAAAGUGUCCCAUGGUGAGAGUUCUGGGCUGGGGUUUCUUUUUUAAUACACCUUGUUUAUAUAAUAUAGUAGGCUUUUUGUUAUGACUUCACACAUUCCAGUAAACACUUUUGAUGUCUCAAAGUGCAGGAUUUAACUAACUAUUCUUAAAAGUUUCAGUGGCUUUCUUCUCACAAGUUAUUAAAUUUGUAUUUCAACAUAUGCUGCAAAUUAUUUUGAAGCUCAGAAGUUUUCAUAAAUAAAGUGCCAAUUAAAUUAAAUUAAGUAAUCAUGAUAUUAAACAAAUUAUCAUUAAAUGUUAUUGUGAUAACAAUACAAGUAACCUUUAUGCAACCAUGUAAACAAACAUGCAACACACACACACACACACACACACACACACACACACACACACACACACACACACACACACACACACACACACAUUUGUUCCCCGUCCUCAAUUAUAGUUGAAAACAAGCAUCCUCAGCUUCGAGCAAAUUAGGAAAAUGUAAUUUUGAAACUACAGUCAUACAGCAGCAUUAGGUUUCUUUUCCACAAAAAUUAUGUAAAUUAUUUUAAUUAAAUGCAUUAUUCAUGACUUAAUUAGAUUUAUACUCCAAGUAUUAGGAUUCUUCAACCUGAGGAGUCUCCACUCCCAACAGAGACCCCAGUGGCUUACUGCCGCUGCCCCUCCACCAUGGGGUGUCUCCUCCACCACGAUGCUGUUUAUGCUUCUAGUCAAAAUUUCUUGCAUAAGUUUCCAGGUGUCUGCAUCAGGAACUGCUUGCCCCAAAACUCAAACUCACUUUAAAAUUUAGGUCAUCAUCAAUAAAGGAAUUUAUAUAUUUCAUUUUUUUUUAUUUAUUCUUUAUUAUGAUUUCAACUGUGAAUUAUUAGUUAUCUGGAACUAAAUAAUAAUAAAUAAUUGUAAUAGUGUUUUAUUUUGUAAUUUUCUCAUGUAUCUUAACAAAUGAUCAUUCACAUAUUCUAUAUGCUUUGACAAAUGAGUUGCGAGGUGAGCACCCUCAUGCCUGGACCCUUGAGUUGUGAAUCUGACCUUGCUGAAUGUACCCAUAGCACAGACCUUAUUAUUAAAUGUACAGCUUCA